CCAACCCUCGGAAAAAUAUGGGGCAUAAAUUCUCCAAUGAAAAUGAAUACCCCAUCCUAAAUUCAAAUUUCAAAUCCACGCGCCAACGGUCAUAGGUUCUAGGGUUUCUCCAACGUUUGUCUCUCUGAAACACCUCCAACUUUAUCACCAGAUACAUAUAUAUACAUAUAUGUAUCCCUACUUCUCCCUCCCACUAUCGACAAGAAAAAGAAAGCAACAGUCUUUCACUACCAGAAAACAUCUCGUUACAUAUUUGUCAUUCUCCGAUCGGAAAUGGAUUUUCACAGUCUUGCAAGGAAAGAGCUCCAAGCUCUCUGCAAGAAGAACAAGAUCCCAGCAAACAUGACCAAUGUCGCCAUGGCCGAUGCUCUCAAAGCUCUUGAGAAGGUGGAACGACUUGAUGAAUUCAACACCAGAUCCGAUCCUCAGGAAUCACCGGAGAAAACUAAAAAUGCGGAGCCUCGAACUGCAUGCAGAACUUCAACUUGGAGAAAACCUAUUAAUGUUGAGCCUGAAAGUUCACAACCCAAGACUCGUACUCGCCAUGCAACAAGAAGAAUGGUUGCUGAAGAGCCUGAGCAAGAAAACAAGAAUGUUAACCUACCGGAGACUCCAGCAAUGACCACCACCAGGAGAAGGGCACCAGCUGCUUCAGCAACCCGAAAAAUGGAUGCCCAAUUGAUGGAAGUUGGGGAGGAUGAGAAACUAGUAGGUCAAGAGAAAAGUGAUGUGCCAGAGACUCCAGCAAUACGAACCUCCCGAAGUAAGACUCCAGCAGUUUCAACUAGGAGGAAAAUUGAGGGUCAGAAGGAUGAGAAAUCGGUUCAGACAGUGUACGCUACAAGGCAGUCAGUGAGAUUGUUGGAGAAAAGCAUGGCAGAGUUGAGCUUGGAGAAAAGGAGAGUUGAAGCUGUGAAGAUUGAGGGAUUGUGUGAGAAAACUAAGGAAGUUGAACAGAAGAAUGAUGUGCCUGGAUGUGAUUCCCAACUUCUUUCAUGCCAAAAUAUAGAUGAGUCGUUAGAGAAUGAAAGUGGAAUGAAGCUUCAAGGGGGCAACAAGAGUAAUGACCAGGAAGGGGAUGGUUCAGAAGUUCUUUCAUGGCAGAACUUGGAGCAUUCUCUAGAGAAUCAAAGUGAAAUGAAGCAUGAAUUUCAAGAGGACAAGACUGAUGACCAUGAAAUGGAUAACUCGGUAGUCUCCCUCCAAAACUUGGAUUUACCUCCAGAGAAUAGAAGUGAAAUGAAGAAUGAACUUCAUGACCACAAAAAUAGUAAUAACCAUGAAGUGGGUUCAGUCGUUCUUUGCCAGAACACAGAUCAGUUGCUAAAGAGUGAAAGUGAAAAUAAACUUCAAGAGGAUGAAAAGAUAAAUGAUAAUGAAGUGGUUUAUUGCAGUGUGAAAAUGGAAGUAGGUUAUGAGUCUUGCACUAAGUUGGAUAAUGAUUCAGGAUUUGGAAAAGACGAUGAAAACAAUAGUAAUAGUUCAGAAGAAUCAUUUUUUCUGCUAGUGGAAACCUCAGAAAAGGCAGUAGAUAUGAAUUGUGAUUCCAUGGAUGAGAAAGGACCAGAUGUGAUAACUGAAAACUCUGAGACUUUGAAUGCUGCAUUGAAUCCAGAAAUUGAAAAAGAAUUGAAUGGCAAUAAAGAUUCUUUGAUUGUAGAAGUGUCUGAUGACAAUUCUGUUUUAUUCAUGGAAACAAUUGUUAAUAUUCCAUAUGAAGUUUCAGUUGAGGUCAUCGAUUCAUUGACCCCUGAGGUAUCUGAAACUGUGGACAAAAGCUCUGAAAUGAAUUUGAUGGAGAAUGAGCAUCAUGACAUUAAUGAUCUGCAUCCAGAUGCUGCUACUGAGGAAGAUUGUGAUGGCAAUGGAUCACUUGAAGUUCAAGAAAAUAACAAUACAGAAAAAAUCCAAGAGAAGGCUCCACUUCUUCCACAAGGUGAUCAUGAGAAGUCAGAGAGCAGAAAGGAACCUCGAAGCCCUGGGUUCAUUCUCCAGUAUGAAAAAUGCAAGGAAGCUUCAGAUAACUUGGCAAAUGAGUAUAAUAUUGAUGAUGUUAAUGUAAUUGAAGCUAAAGAAUCUGACAUGAUAGUCCAGAAAAGCCCUUUCUGUUGUGUUAUGGCUUCUUCAGACAGUGAAGUUGCUGACCAUGUGAUUCCAGAACAAGAAUUUGCUGAAGUUCCUUUGGUUGAUGACCAUGUGAUUCCAGAACAAGAAUUUGCUGCGGCUGCAUACAAAUGCAUUCAAACAUUAAACAAGUCGCCAACUUCCUCAAAGCAAAUGUGUCCCUAUCAACCUGUUGUUUCUAGAGAUCAAUUCACAUGUGGCAUGAUGAUCUCCUCACCAUUUGCAGCCAACAUAAUUCAGGUUCAGUCUCCUCUGCCAAAUGAAUCAACAAGGAAAUCUUCUACUAAGAAACAGACAACAAUUCAGAAGAUCAUCUAUGCAGACAUCAACAAGGAGAACAUUGACAACAGUGGCAGAAAAAUAGAGCCUAACAAAGAUAAAGUGAAGAAGGUUGUUAAUGAAGAGAAAUAUGAGGACUUUAGCCUAAGAAAGCUAACUAAGAUGCUGAAAGAACUGCAGAUUGCCAAGGAGGCUAGAAAUGUCUCAAAGCAGGUGGGAACUAGACCAGCUUUGCAGGCACUGACAGAGAAUUGUAGAGCUGCUGGUGAACCAGAAAACAAGAACUGAGACGCUUUGACAUUAAAUUGCAGAUAGCACAUGUGUGCAUACCAGAGUGAUAUGAGAAAGACUGAAUGAGUAAUAAUACCCAACAUUUUGCUUAUUAUGAUUGAAUAAAGACAGAAUAUGGAAAGAUUUUAAAUGAUUCCACAGAGAAUGGCGACAUAAUGGAAAAACUGGAGUUAUGGGGGCUUAAGUUCAAAUCCAAUUCAAAAAAAUAAAAAGAGACCAGUGGAGACCCAAGAAAAAAAAAGCAUGCAACUGUCUCUUCAAGCGUUACUUCAGGCAUGGCCAAACACGUGAAAACAUAUUAUUUACAAGUUCAGCAAGUAACUUUUGAUCCUGAGGUAUCACAAAAUCAUGAUCGCAGUUGGAGAAAUCAUAACUUCCAUGAUAACCUUGUUGUGGAUGAUGAUGACGGGAAUAAGGUUCUGCCUCAGCUCCGCUGGAAACUAAAGGCAUCGUUGGCGGUGAAGGCGGUGGUCGUGUAUGCUUUCUAGCUACCUUUUCUUGUUUGCUCAUUUUUCUUUCUUCUGAUACAUUAAAAAUGCAACAUGCACGAUGCAGACGAAGCAUAAUUGCUUGUGACACAAAAACUAAAUUGCUUAUCUUUCUUUUAACAUAACUU